UCUACUGGUCAGUUCAGCCAAAAUGUUGAUAUCGACAAUACUGCUCACAGCAGCACUUGGCUUACUAUUAGUAUACCUAAUUCAUCGUUUGGUAAAGUGGAAUGAAUUCAGGAAGCAAAUUAAUUUGUUGCCAGGGCCAAGAGGUUUGCCAUUUUUUGGCAAUGUUAUCGAUUUUAUUGGUUCACAAGAAAAAAUAUUCAAACAUCUUAGACAGCUAGGCGAGGAGUAUGGACAAGAAGGUAUUGUUAGAAUUUGGUUGGGACAUAUGGCCCAAAUUGGACUCGGCCAUCCUUCUGAUGUUGAGAAUUUGAUAUCAUCCACAAAGCACAACUCAAAGAGCGAUCUCUACGAUCUCCUUCACAUUUGGCUUGGAACUGGACUUUUAACCAGUGAUGGCAGCAAAUGGCAAUCUAGAAGAAAAAUUCUUACUCCUUCCUUUCAUUUUAAUAUACUGCAGGAAUUCUUCCCUGUUUUCACCGAACAAACCGAUAUAUUAGUUGAUGAAUUGAUGAAAGUAAAUGGACAGGUUAUUGACGUUGUACAACCAAUCACUCAGUUUACUCUACAUUCAAUAUUGGAAACGGCCAUGGGAACUACUAUGGCAUCGGGAAAAGAUCAGGAAGAAUACAAAAGUGCUGUUUACAAAAUGGGAGAGUUCAUAGUCUACAGAAUUACUCGGCCUUGGUUCUUUUUCGAUCCCAUUUUUGCUUUUACAAAAAGCUUUUGGGAGCAGAAGAGCCUCGCCAAAUACUUGCAUAACUUUUCCUACGGAGUUAUCGCCGAUAAACGUAAACAGCUCUCGAAAUUUGCUUUGAGCAAUAACAACAUGACAGUUCAACCUUCGUCGUAUUCGACGAGAAAGAAACUGGCCAUGUUGGAUAUGCUCAUAUCUGCAAAUCUGCAAGGAGCUCCUAUUGACGACGUUGGAAUAAGGGAGGAGGUUGACACUUUUAUGUUUGAAGGUCACGACACUACAUCCAUGUCAAUUUGUUUCACCUUGAUGUUGAUUGCUAACCACAAAGACAUUCAAGAGAAAAUUUAUGAAGAAAUUUAUUCAGUAUUUGGGGACUCAGAUAGAAAAAUCACUUCAGCCGACAUUCAAGAGCUGAACUACUUAGAGAGAUGCAUUAAGGAGAGUCUUAGAUUGUAUCCGAGUGUUCCAAUGAUCUCCAGAAUUCUGAGCGAAGAUUUUAUUACUCAAGGCGGUUACAAGAUACCAGCCAAAACUUCUGUGAACGUUUUCAUCUAUGACAUGCACAGAAGGGAGGAAUUAUUCGAGAAUCCUGAAGUUUUCGAUCCGGAUAGAUUCCUACCAGAGAACACUCAAAAGCGCCAUCCGUUCAUCUACAUUCCAUUCAGCGCUGGACCCAGAAAUUGCAUUGGACAAAAAUUCGCUUUGAUGGAGAUAAAGACGGUCAUCACGGGAAUCUUGAGAAAUUUUAUUUUGGAACCUGUCGACACUCCUGAAACUGUUGUUCUAAUUACGGAUUUGGUUCUCAGACCAAAAAAUGGCAUUAAAAUGAAAUUCAUUAAAAGGAAUAACUUGAAUGUUUCAAGCUGAAUUAUGUAUGUUGUUUUUUUCUUACUUAUUGGUCGUUUUAGAUUGAUAUUUGGAUACAUACAAAAUUAUAUACAAAUUAUAAAUAUACUCAUAUUGAUUACUAAUACCAUAAACAAAUAAU